CACUUCGUCCUUGUUUGUUUGUUUCUGACCCAAACAAGCAAAAUCAGCCAAAAACGUCGUCGUUAAAUCAUCGUAAAAAGAAACGUGCUGAUUUCAUCUCCUUCUACUUCCUGCACACACACACACAAACACUCUCUUUCUCUCUCUGUUGGAUGUCCAUGGCUGCCUCUGCUCAUUACCAUUGCGCAACUCUCUCUUUGCCACGCGCCGGCUCACGCGUCCGGCGAGGUUCGGGGUUCUCUUCCAAUCCCUUUCACUCCCACCUAAACCCUACGCCUCUCCUCUCAUUUCCCGCCUCUUCGCUUUCCAUCGAUGGCCGCCUUUCGCUUCCAAAUGCUACGCCCCGAAGCCUCAAGGUUCUCUCCAUGCGUGAUUCCCGAGCUCCAGCAGUUACCAAAGAUACAUGGGAAAAUUCCGUCAUAAACUGCCAAACCCCUGUCCUGGUUGAAUUCUACGCAAGUUGGUGCGGGCCAUGCAGGAUGGUCCACAGGGUGAUUGAUGAACUUGCAUUAGAGUAUGCUGGGAGGCUUAAAUGCUUUGUACUGAACACGGACGAUGAUUUGCAAAUUGCUGAGAAAUAUGAAAUUAAGGCUGUUCCAGUGGUUUUGCUGUUUAAGAAUGGGGAGAAAUGUGAAUCUGUUGUUGGUACAAUGCCAAAAGAGUUCUAUGUAGCAGCCAUUGAGAGAGUCCUCAAGUCAUAAGCAUUGUUCAGUUGAUGACCGAAAUUUUCCAAGUUGAUAUUUUGCUGGCAUGUAUUUGUGAGAAUUUUAAUCGUUUGAAUCUUCAACUGGAACCAUACAGGUUGUACAUAUUUUCAGAUGUUUGCCUAGCUUGUUAUCAUAUCAUGAUAGGUAUCCGGUUACCAUAUUGGUAUC